GAAUGCGCCACAAAACCAACUUACAGCGCCAUCCUGUCAUGAUUCUGGCAUGGUCGCUGGAUGUGAGACCAAGCAAACGCAGGAAGAUCGAGGCUCAGAAGGCCAUUGGCUUGAAGAACGGGCCAGAUCUAAACCCUGCUGAGCCAGAGAUUAGGCCCUGCUUGGCCUCAGCACGGCUUUCUGAAGAGCUGCGCCACCUGGCGCGGUUGGGAGAUUUGCGCCUCGAGCGUCAUGAAGAGCUGCAGGCCCGUGUGGUGAUUUGUCAGCUUUGCCCACGUGGGGAGGCUGUCGAGAUCGGACUUCAUUGUCCAGAGAGAUAUCCGCUGGUGCCGCCUUUGUUGCGACAUUCCAACUGGAGAAGUAGCGGGCUUGUGGCCGGCUGGCACUACCGGGGUGAUGAACUGCGGCUGCCGCGACUCCAGGAAGAUCGCUGGAGCUUCACCAUGGGUCUCGCUGAUGUUCUUGCCGAUCUCUUGGACUCUGCCGGGCAGUUGUGAUUCGGCCUGCCUGUCGAAUGACCAACAGCACGCUCAGCAAGGUCGACAAGUGCGCUUCAU